CAUGUUUCCCACAGCCACCUUUGUGACUGUAUGGAAAGUGGCAAACAAAACAAUAAGGAGACGUACGCAUAUGCCAUGAAUUAGGAGUUGUAGGUCACCUCUCUCACACCUCUUAAUACCUAAUAAAUCAUCAACACCCAUAUCUUAGACUUAGUAGUCAAAACCACAAAAUUAAUACCCACAGUCCUAUAUAUCUAUAUCUAUAACCUCUCUCCCACACUAUACCAUCCACCCUCAUUCAAUUCCUUUAAUAAUCUUCUUCCCAAACCCAUCAUAUAUAUACACACAUCAACACACCAUGCACUUCCAAACCUAACCUAAAUUAUAAAGGACCUACAGUUAACAUCCUCGUCUCCUCUUCUCUCAUCUUCACCGUUUAACGCCGUUAACUACAGGCUUCUCUAACUGCAAGCUCUUUCUGCAUCUUAAUUAACACAUACAAACGAACUACCUGGUCAACGUUAACUCUCACAGUCAACUGAAAGAAGCAAUGUCAUCUCGCGUUGUAGCAGACAAUGCAUUACCUGUAACCAAUACGACGCCGUAUUUUGGAAUGACGGAACUCGACGAUUACACGCGGCGUUCAGCCGCCAUCGGCGGGUCUCCUACGCUGGGACAGCUCCUGAAACACGUUGGCGACGUGCGAAAGGAAGUUGUUGGCGACGGUAGUGAGACGCCGGUGCACCAAGCGCUCGAGAUUGGUGACGACGGCGUCGGAAUAGAGCCACGCUCACUGCCGUUUGUACUCUCCUUCAACAAUUUGACCUACAGCGUCAAAGUCCGUCGGAAACUGACUUUCUCGGCGAUACUUCCUCGGCGCCGGAGCCGUCUUGGCGCGGCGGCGGAUUCGGAAGCACCGGCAGUGGGAGAUAGCAUGUUCUCACGGACCAAGACUCUGCUAAACGACAUCUCCGGCGAGGCUCGCGACGGCGAGAUCAUGGCGGUUCUUGGCGCCAGUGGCUCUGGAAAAUCCACCUUGAUCGACGCACUGGCGAACCGCAUCGCCAAGGGAAGGUUGAAAGGAACGGUGGCACUGAAUGGUGAGGCGCUGGAUUCUCGCCUCCUGAAGGUUAUCUCCGCCUACGUGAUGCAAGACGACCUCCUCUUCCCCAUGCUCACCGUGGAAGAAACACUCAUGUUCGCCGCCGAGUUCCGCUUGCCCCGCACACUCUCUAAAUCAAAGAAGAAAGCACGUGUCCAAGCACUAAUCGACCAGCUAGGUAUCCGAAAUGCGGCGAAAACUGUCAUCGGCGACGAAGGCCACCGCGGAGUAUCCGGCGGAGAGCGUCGUCGAGUAUCAAUCGGAAUCGACAUAAUCCACGACCCUAUCAUCCUCUUCCUUGACGAGCCAACCUCCGGACUUGACUCAACGAGCGCAUUCAUGGUGGUGAAGGUUCUACAAAGAAUCGCACAGAGCGGAAGCAUCGUUAUCAUGUCCAUCCACCAGCCGAGUUACCGAAUCUUAGGGCUUCUCGACCGAAUGAUCUUCCUCUCACGCGGCCAAACCGUCUACAGCGGCUCACCGGCUCAGCUUCCGUCGUUCUUCGCGGAGUUUGGACACCCUAUACCGGACGCAGAGAACCGAACCGAGUUCGCAUUGGACCUCAUUCGGGAUCUAGAAGGUUCCCCAGGCGGAACCAAAAGCUUAGUAGAGUUCAACAAGUCCUGGCAGUCCAUGAAGCACCCUGCACCCGCAGCACACAGUAACAACACCGUCAACGACCAAAACGGCAUGUCGUUGAAGGAAGCAAUAAGCGCAAGCAUUUCGCGCGGGAAACUAGUCUCAGGCGCAAGCGCAACCAACACGAAUUCUUCAAAUCCUUCUUCAAUGGUUCCAACCUUCGCGAACCCGAUCUGGAUGGAGAUGGCCACACUAUCAAAACGUUCGUUCUUGAACUCUCGAAGAAUGCCAGAGCUUUUCGGGAUUCGGUUAGGUGCGGUUAUGGUGACAGGAUUCAUCCUAGCAACCAUGUUCUGGAAGCUCGAUAACUCCCCGAAAGGAGUGCAAGAAAGGCUCGGGUUCUUCGCAUUCGCCAUGUCCACCACCUUCUACACCACCGCAGACGCGCUCCCAGUGUUCCUCCAAGAACGUUAUAUCUUCAUGCGCGAAACAGCUUACAACGCAUACAGAAGAUCCUCCUAUCUUGUUUCCCACGCUCUCGUCUCGUUGCCUUCGCUGUUGUUCCUCUCAUUGGCGUUCUCAUCAAUCACGUUUUGGGCCGUGGGCCUUGACGGUGGUAUUUCGGGCUUUUUGUUUUACUUUUUGAUAAUAUUCGCUUCAUUUUGGGCCGGGAACUCGUUUGUUACAUUUCUGUCUGGUGUGGUGCCUCAUGUUAUGCUGGGAUACACAAUUGUGGUGGCAAUUCUUGCGUACUUCUUGCUCUUCAGUGGCUUCUUCAUCAACAGGGAUAGGAUUCCAAGUUACUGGAUUUGGUUCCAUUACAUGUCACUUGUGAAGUACCCUUAUGAGGCUGUUCUACAGAACGAGUUUCAGGACCCUGUCAAGUGCUUCGUUAGAGGCGUGCAGAUCUUUGAUAACACGCCGCUCGGGUCAGUGCCGGAGGCCUUGAAGUUGAAGCUCUUGGAUAGCAUGAGCAACACCCUUGGGAUGAAGAUCACUUCGUCCACGUGCUUGACCACUGGUGCUGACAUUUUGCAGCAGAAUGGAGUCACGGAUUUGAGCAAGUGGAACUGCUUGUGGGUCACUGUGGCUUGGGGUUUCUUGUUCAGGUUUCUAUUCUACUUGUCCUUGUUGGUGGGAAGCAAGAACAAGAGGAGGUGAUUAUAUCUAUAUAUUAUGUUCAUAAGAUCGAUUACAAGUUUAUUUAAUUAAUUAAUUAAUUAUAUCGAGUUUUAAAUCUUCUGCAUCCUUUUAUUCUUUUUGUUAAUUGUAUUAUUAUAUUACCUUUGUAACUUGUUCUGAAUUCUGAUUUAAAAAUGUGAUGUGAUGUUGAUAAGGUUAUUUACCGGAGAGUUUUCUCACGAAGCAUUAUUCGUUAUAUGUAUAGUGUAAUUUCCAUUUACUAUUUUGAUGCCUCUUCGUAC